AUGGCCAGCUCUAAAAACUACGACGUGAUUAUUGUCGGUGCCGGUAUCGCAGGAUGUGCUCUUGCUCACGGUCUUUCCACGGCGCCCAGGGAUAAACCACUACGGAUAGCGUUGGUCGAACGCUCGCUGGCUGAACCUGACCGGAUUGUGGGGGAGCUGCUGCAGCCAGGAGGAGUUAUAGCGUUGAAGCGUCUCGGCUUGGAAUCGUGUCUGGAAGGCAUCGAUGCCAUCCCCGUAAAUGGCUACUGUGUGGUGAAGGAUGGCCAAACGGUGCACAUUCCAUACCCGGGCAAGUACGAAGGACGCAGUUUCCACCAUGGGCGAUUCAUCAUGAAGCUACGAGAGGCGGCUAUGAAGGCGAAGGGUGUGGAUGUGAUUGAAGGCAGCGUUACCGAGCUCAUACAGACAAAGAAUAGCCGGCGGAUCCUAGGGGCCUCAGUGACGAAGAAAGGAGAGAACGGAGCAGAGGACACGAAAUACUCGCUGUAUGCGGACCUUGUCAUCGUUGCGGACGGAUGUUUCUCGAAUUUCAGAAAUCAGGUUAUGGGCAAGACGUCGUGCAAACCUGUGACCAAAAGCCAUUUCGUAGGAGCUGUUCUGGAGGACGCAAAAUUGCCUAUACCCCACCACGGCACAGUCGCUCUUGUGAAAGGCUUCGGGCCUGUACUACUAUACCAAAUCUCAGAACACGACACCCGGAUUCUCAUCGACGUGAAGCAGCCUCUACCUGAUGACCUCAAGGGCCAUAUUAUAAACAACAUCAUCCCUCAGCUUCCUUCGAACUUGCACCAACCCAUCUACACAGCGCUGGAGAAGGACCGUCUGCGCCGAAUGCCUAAUUCAUUCCUGCCACCUAUUAAACAGGGAGCACGACAUUCAAAAGAAGGCGCCAUUCUCAUUGGCGACUCGUGGAACAUGCGACAUCCACUGACAGGUGGUGGAAUGACCGUCGCACUGAACGACGUCGUGGUUCUGCGCGAUCUCCUCGUAUCAUUACCCGACUUCAAAAACUGGAAGGCGAUGAAGUCUACGCUGCAUGAUUGGCAUUGGAGCCGGAAGCCGCUGGCGUCGACAGUCAAUAUCUUGAGCGUAGCGCUGUACGACCUUUUCGGCGCUGAUAGUGAUGAACUGCAGGUCCUGCGAACGGGGUGCUUUAAAUACUUUGAGCUAGGCGGAGAAUGUAUCAACGGGCCUGUCAGUUUACUAUCUGCUACCACCCCCUCACCAGCACUUCUCGCUUACCACUUCUUCUCCGUCGCCUUCUAUGCCAUUUGGGUAAUGUUCACUCAUCCCGUCGAAGUGCCCACUCAGUCACCACCUAAAAGCAUCUCGAAUGGGAACGGACACGCGAGUGGUAAUGGACACGCAAACGGAGUGAAACCCGUCCUCAAAAGGCCCUCAAUAAUCCAAUAUCCCGCUCUUUGUAUUAAGAGCAUACUCGUCUUCUGGACGGCAUGCGUGGUGUUUGGCCCCUUGGUGUGGUCAGAAGUCCGGUGGUGGUCACCGCUCGAUACCUCAAAACGGAAUCAUGUGCUGAUAAAUGCUCUACUGCCAUUCGUUGUUCUCGCCGUGGCUGUGAGUGGUGUUGUACCCGGCACUGAGUUUCUCAGUAUACGUUGA